UAACAUGCCUACAAAUUGAUAUUAGAUAUCGGUUCACCAAAUCUAGGGAUUUCUCGUUAGGUUAUUAUAUAAGGCGGCUGGGAUCGGAACGGGUUGAGAUAGAUUUGUCGAUGGCGCAAAAGAUGCCUGAUUGGUCGGAAGUUCCACUUGAUCUGUUGGUUUCGAUAGGUAGAUGUUUGAAUCUGAUUGAAGACUACCUGAAUUUUGGAUGUGUCUGCAAAUCCUGGCACUCUGUGGCCACCAAGAACAAUUUUAAUAAUGACUUGUCUAGAGCUCCUUGGUUGAUGCUAGCGGAGGAAGAGGAUAAUGAGGUUCGGAAAUUCUUCAGCCUCUAUAAUGGCAUGAUUUUGAACAAGAGGAUCCCCAAAGCUAGCAGAAAACGAUGUUUGGAGUCUAUGGGUUGGCAUAUCACAGUAGGAGAAGAGGGUGAAAUUAGUCUGCUACAUCCCUUCUCUGGUGUUCACAUUGAAUUACCCCAUCAAAAUACAACAGUAGAUUACCACAAUCAUCAGAUUGACCCACUGACUUGCUUUAUUGGUAAGGCAGUUUUGUCAGCUAGUCCUUCUCACACAUCCGACUACCUUCUCAUGGUCAUUGACGGAAACCAGAGGUUCCUCAGUUUCUGGAGACCUGGAGAUAUUAGAUGGACUAGAGUUAAAUGUGAAGGAAUCAAGUACUGUUCUUUUACUGAUAUGAUAUUUUUUAAUGACCAAAUUUAUUCCGUGGAUUAUUCAGGCUGUCUAUUAGUUUGUGAUGUUGCUGAUGUUGUUGGCCCUGAACUCACUAAAUGUCAUAUCCUAGCUCAGAUACCAACGGAACCUCAAGAUAUGCCAGAGCACUUAUACAUCCUAGAAUCACUAGGAUCAUUAUUUGUAAUUGCGCGAUAUGGUGUUCAACUUAGGUUAGUCCAAGAUGAUUGCGACAGGGUUCCAUUAACGAUCAUCCCAAUCAUACGAAUCAUCCAAGAAGAAGAAGAAAUAAGAGAAGAUAUGGUUUGUGAGGAUAUAACUUAUGGGACAACAAAUUUUCGAGUUUUCCAGGUUGAUUUAGCUGCUGUCAAAAUGACAGAAACCAGGGAAUUAGGGGACGCAGCUUUUUUUGUAGGUGCUAAUGCUUCUCUUUCGGUCCAAGCUUCUCGAUGUCCAGGAAUCAAGCCCAAUCAUAUUUAUUUUACAGAAGAUUUUUAUGAAACAUACCUCUCCUAUGAAGAAGGAGGAGGCUUGGACAUGGGGGUGUUCAACUUAGCAGAUGGCAGCAUCCAGCCGCACUACAACGGUGUUUCCCUUAGUCGUUUUUGUCCUCCAACUUGGGUAACACCAACUCCGUAUUGAGUCAUACAUACUCAUCCUUUAUUUAUUCUGUUUGUUAGGUUACUUUUUAAGCUUUUAAUUUAAAUAAAUACUGUCAUUUACUUUCAAAACUGGUUGAUGUACCUUUCUUAUU